AUGAAACUUAUAGACUCUUUUAUAAUAGAAAAUACUAAUUUAUUAGUGAUGGCAUUCAAUGGAUUUUUAUCUUUAGAUUAAGAAUUUUAAAGUACGAUUUUCUUCUACGAGAUUUAGUAGAACAAAUUAAUGGGCACAAUCAAAAACUAGAAUAAUGUUAAAGGAGUUUAAUAUAAUACUUUGAAUAGCUAAAUAAUAGUAAGUACAACUAAAUUCCUUCUGUUUUAUGAUAUACCUCAGCUGUAAUUAAAAUAAAAAGUAUAAACGAAUUUAGGAAGUUAGAUAUUAAUAAAUCAAGGUAUUAUUUAUUUGAUAAACUCUUAUCAAAUGAAAUUAAUCAACUAGUUAGAUGAUAACAAAAUUCAAAUUGUUAAUUUUCUUAGGAUGGGUUUUACUGAAUAAAAUUAUUAAAAUAUAUAUCAUUAUUUUUCAGAAUAGCCUUAGCAAAUAGCUUUACUAGGUUUACCUAAUGGUUAACAAAUUAUUCAAUUUAAUGUAUAAAAUAUUGUUUUUGUUUCUGAUUUAACAGGGACUAGCUUUGUUUAGCUUGUUGGAAAUGAUUUGAGUAUAAUAAAAAAUAAUGGUUAGUACAUAGCUGACACAUUUUUUAUACCUGGUUCUUAUUGUUUUGCUAGUGUAAUUUCUUAAUCAGCUAAUCUGGAUAUAUGGAAUUUACAGGACUAUGCAACUUAGCAAUAGCAUUACGUUAGAACAAUAGCUUUAAGCAAUCAGUAAGGGAUAAUCAUAGAUCAAAUAUUUUACUUCAAAUAAGGAUAGAUAUCAUACAUAAUUUAUACCUUAAAAAGAAAUUUUAAUGAAACUUCAGCUAGCUCGUAUUAUUUGGGAUAAGUAUGGGCUAGUUAGUUAUAACUUGAUUAAAAUCUAUUUAUAACAGGCUACACAAAUAGCAACUUACUUGUGAAUGCAAACUAAAACUAUCUUAUAAAAAUAGACAUAUUUUAUUAGCAAAAUAUUCUUUUUGUUUAUGAUGAUUUUGCAAAUAAUAAAAUUAGGCUAUUUAGUUUAGAUAACUUAGUAACUUAAUUGUAGCAGAUUCCUUAAAGUUUUCAAGUUGAGUAGUUUGAUAUGAGAACUCAAGCAAGUUGGGUAGGGCAAAAUUAAAAGAUCGUUUCAUUAUAAUAAAAAAACUUAUUAAUUUAACAAAAUAAUGAUCCAUCUUAACCAUUAGCUUAUUAGAUGGCUUAUUAUUUAAAUCUCUAUGAUAUCUCUUUUAAAAUUCAAUCUCAAUUUCUUUUAACUGAUCAUUACUUUAGCUUAGGUGAUCUAAUUAAGGUUUAAGGAGCAAACUCAUAAUACCUCUUAAGAGCAUAAAAUAACUAAGGAAAGAAGCUCAGAAUAUUUGACCCUACAUAAAAUGUUAUAAUUGGGGAAUGGGAAGUUAGUAAUAACAGUUAAACUGUAUUAGACUUCACAAAAAGUGAUCCUAAUAUAUAAAUAUCUGCUUUUUACAUUAAUGGGAGCUAUAAUGUUUGCUUUGCUAUAUAUAGUAGAUAUCCGAAUGUCUACUAAAAUGAUAUUACAAAAUAAAAUUAUGGAAUUGAAUGUGUUUCAUUUUCUACUGGUGAUAUGAAUACUGUAUAAUAUUAUGUCUUAAACAAUCCUGCAAACUCCAAGAGUUAACUUUUCUAAAGCGUAUUUUACUCUUAAAAAUAAAAAGAAAUAAUAGGAUUCCUUUCAUCUGGUUAAUAUUUAAGAUGGAACAUCAUCACUAAAACUUUGAUAUAAAAUGACUUCUAUAACAUUCAAAAUUGCUAAAACUCACCACUUCUCUCUCCAUAAUACAUCUAAGAAGAAGAUUCUCUUUUAGUAGAUUGCAGUUAAGGAUUAACAUUAAUUUAAGUUUAUAAAAAUUCUGCACAAACUAUUUUAGUUAAUAAACCUAAUUCUCAAUUAAUGUCUUUCUAAUAUCUCAAUAUCAAUAAUAAUAGGAUACUAAUUACUUUAUAAGAUUACUCUAUGCUAAAUUUAAUAGACUUAAACGUUGUCUUAUCCCCAACAAAUAAUAUAUAAAAUAAAUACUAUCCUAUAUUGCUAUAUGAUACAAAUAAAAUUGUGAACAUUCUGCUGAUUCCAUCAAAUAUUUUAUACAUUUUUAUGAAUGAUAGAUUAAGUAAAUUGAAUCUUACACCUUGUGUAAACUAUUCCUUAGAUUCUUGCAUCAAUUCAUGCUUUAAAUAAUACAAUUUUUAAGUAAGUGAUUAAUUAUAAAAUUUAAGUAGUUAUGGAAUUGGUUCCUCUAAUAAUCCUUUCUUAUCUUCAAAUAUGUUUCUUUUUAGCAGCCUAGAAAUAAAUACAAUCAUUAACAUGUUCUCUCAAAUUUCUUCUUUAAAUAGUAUUUAAGUUGAAAUAAAUAUUUAGGGAUAAAAUUAAUUAUCUUUAAGACAGGAAUAUUUUGCUAGCUUUGAAAAAAAUACGAUUGUGUAGAUUAGUUUUUAAUCUUUAUAGUAGAAUUAAUUAUCUAUUAUUAACUUGGCUAAUAAUAUGAUUAUUUAAAAUUAUCAGUAUUUUUAAAUCAAAAAUUUUGAUCUAAGGAUUUAAGCCCCUACUGAUUCAUCGUUGUUCAUGGACUUUUAAUGCAAUUUAAUAUUUGCAAAUAUCCAAUCAUUAAAUUUAAAAAAUUCAUUUGCUAAAUCAGUAAUGACCUUAUAAGAUGGAAGUGUUAAGUUGAUUCCUUGUACAAUUUUAUUUUAGAAUAGCAAAGCUUUAUUGUAAGAUAUUACCAUUCAAAACAUUUCAUUAUUCAACCCUGCCAGUUAUUAAGAGUUAUUCAGCUUUACUGGUAAUCAAUAAAAUGAAAUUGUAUUUGAUACUUUAAAUAUUACAAGCUCGUAGCUAGACGGUAUGAUCAUCAUAAAUAAUAAAAGCCCUUCUUAAUUAAAAAUAAAUAAUUUGUUUAUUUAAGAUAACACAUGCUAGAAUACUAAUACAAUUUACAGCCUACCUAUAUUCCUAUCAAUGACUUUUUCUGUAACUAAAGUAAAUAUCUAUAAAAAUGUCUUCUGUAAUGAUGUUUCGCUUUUCAAUUCUUAUCCUAUCAAUGAUGAUUCGAUAUAAUCUCUAAUUGACUCUUAAAAUCAGUUUUAAAAUAUAAAAAUUUUAGAAAACACCAUUUACUAUUCAAAUCUAAAGUUUUUCUUUUUAGAUUUGCAGCUUUAUUCAAGUGGAAAUCAGUCUAAUUAUAUAAAAAUAGAAGAUCUUAUGAUUUAAAAUAACAUCCAUCUGUAAACUAACUUGCUAGAUACAUCUAAAUCAUACUUUUAAACAUAUAUAUUUAUCAAUAACUUUUCUGGAUUAAAUAUAAGAAAUUCUUAUUUCUACAAUUAAUAAGGAACUAAUUUUAUUAAAACAGCUAACACUUAAAAUGUAACGAUUCAGAGGCUUGAGUGCAUAAACGAUAUCUUAAAUUAAACUGUAGAAAACGGAGCUUGUUUAAAAUUUUUCUAAAUUUAAAAUACAACUAUAGAUUAAUUAGUCAUUAAGAAUUAAUUCUCAAAUGGAAUCAAUUUAUUUAGCUUAUAUAACUAGGAUUAUCAAGAUAUAGUUUUGAGUUUAACCAAUUCAAAUUUUACUAAUAAUUUAAUCUAGUAAAUACAACAAAUUUAAUUGAGUGCUAACAUUAUGUAUAUUUCUAACUAACAAGAAGGUAAUAUUUUACUUUCUGGUUUGAUUCUUUCAGAUAACACUGUAAGAGCCGUUUCUGAUUUAGUAGCGUUAUCUACUGCUGGGAUAUAUAUUGAUAGUUUUACUUCUUCUGUAAAUAUAUAAAAUAGUAAAUUUUUAAACGUUAUGACAACUACGAUACUAUCACAUUUAAGUAUCAAUGCUUAAAAUCUCUCUAUUUUCUAAUGCAAGUUUUAAAAAUAAAAAUACAAACCUUUAUCAGAAAAAGAGAGCUAAUAAAGUUUAGUCCUUGGUGGUAUGAUGAAAGUGAAUGUCUAAUACCUAAAAAUAAAUAACAGUUCUUUUAGUGACAGUAAUGCAUCUCUAGGUGGAUUUAUAUAUGUCACAUCUCUUACACAAGUAGUUUUAUCUAUAUCGAUAUUUGACUGUGAUUUUUAAAACAGUAUUUCAAACGAUUCAAGUAUUAUUCACAUCAUAAGCCUUAGUGUUAAAGAAUAGCUUAAUAUUUACAAUAGCAAUUUCACUAAUAUAAAAUCAACUAAUACUGAAUCAUCAAGAGCUAUUUUUCUAACAAAAGACUCUCCAACGAAUUUGGGUAAUUCUAUGGAAGUUGUAUUGAAAAAUGUAAAAUUUACUAACAUCACUGGAAUAAGUGAUGUUAGCAUUUUUUAUUUGCAAGAUUGUUAAAUAUAAGCAGAAAAAAUUGUAUAUUAUGGAAGAGAGCAAAUUUCAUAAGAAAUUCUUUAAGAUGACUCAUAUUAAGACGGAUGUCUAUUCAAUUUGUAGAAUUCUUUAUUGAAUAUUACAGGACUAGAAAUGUCUAGUUUAAUUUAGAGAACUUCACCUUUGUUGCUAGAUUAAGAUAACUCAAAUAAAGCAAUUAUAUCUAAUUCUGUUAUUUAAAAUAUUUACUUCUCAAAUAAGGGCUUAAUUUCAACUAAUACUGAUCUAGAAUUGAAAUACUUCUAGGUAACUAAUAGCUCUUACUUUUAAUAUGAUUCUGGGAAUGGAGCUUUAAUAUCAAUUUCAUCAUCUAGUUUAAAAAAUUAUAUUAAUACUUUUAUUGCUUUUUAGCUAUAAUUUUAAAAUAUUUACUCCACAUUAAAUUAAGCAAUACCUAUAAACGCCAUUAAUUUGAAUACUGUCUCAGUGUUAAUAACUAAUUCAAGUUUCACUAAUCUAAUAGGUGGAGCUGUAGCAAUUUAAAAUCCUCAAAAAUUUUGCACUAUAAAAUUCUCAAAUUUCUUACAGAUUGGGAUGUAAUAAUAAAGUUAAUAAUCAUAAAUUAUAACAUCAGCUAUUUCCCUUAUUCUUAGCAAUGAUGUAAUGAAAAAUUCAACUACUCUAAUUUAAUUUGAAGAUAUAAAUAUAACUUAGUCUAUGUCUUACUAAGGAGGAGGACUCUACAUCAAUUCAAACGCUUAAAAUAAAUCACAAUCUUUAAAUUUGACAAGAGUUUCUUUUAACUAAAAUUAUGCAAUUAUUGGAGGUGGAUAUUUCAUUUAAGGGAUGAAAGUAUACGAAAACUAUUGUACUUUUGAUUAGAAUAGUGUAAAAUACUAUGGUAGUUAGGGAUUUUAAUAUCCUACUUUUAUAUAAUUAGUAGAAAGUGAUAUCCUUAAAUAAUAUAGCUAUUAGUAUAAUAAUGAUAAACAAUAUCUUCACCUAAGUAAUAUUACAAGCGGGAUGACUUUGCCUAAAUUGUCAUUUAAGGUUUUAGAUAAUAAAUAUGAAGUUGUAAAAUUUUGCAUUGAUUAAUUAUUUUAUACUAUCAGUGAUUACAAUUAACUUAAUAUUGAAAUAGAUCCAAUAUUUCAUAAAAACAAAACUGACUAUUACUAUAUUUAGGGGUAAGACCAAGUUGAUUAAAACUGUACAGAUUUUACUUUUACUUUUGACUAACUUUAAUAUAUAGCAAUUCCAAAUGCUCCUGCUUAACUAAAUGUUAAUCACUACAUAGUUAAUUUGAAUUACACUGUAUUUACUAAUUUAACUGCAAAUUUUACAAUUUUUUUGGAUGUAGUUGAUUGCAAUAUGGGUUAAAUUAAAUUAUCUACAAUAGGGAAAUAUUAAAUUUGUUAAGCUUGUAGUUCUAAUACUUUUACAUUUGACUUUACUAAGUGUUAUAAUUGUCCUGAUGGUGCUACUUGCCCAGGAGGCUCAUAAAUGCUUAUUUAAAGUGGUUAUUGGAGAGAAAAUUAAUACUCAAGCAUUGUAGUUAGCUGCGACAAUAAUUACAAUAAUUGUAUAGGAGGUACUGCAGGUAAUUAACUAUGUUUAGAAGGACAUAUUGGUCCUCUUUGUGAAGAGUGUGAUUUAUUCGGAGUUAUAAACGGAAAUAGUUAUACCAGAACUGGUGUAUAUAAUUGUUCUCCUUGCAACGGUCAAGUAACAAAUAUAAUAAUUGUGAUUUUUACAAACUUAGCACUUUUGUUUUAGUAAUACGUUGUACUCACUUCAGACAUUACUUACAGAAAGGCUAAGAGUAGAUACUACAAAUCUUAAAUGUAGAAAAGGACAGAUACUUCUUCUUAAAUGGCUACCAAAGAAGAAGAGUUAAAUAAAAAUUUAAGCGUUUACUUAAAAAUUUUAAUGAACUACUUCUAGCUGGUAGUUAUAAUAAAAAAUUUUUAAAUUAACAUUCCACUACCUUUAAUAAAUUUGCCUUAAACUAUAAGUCGCCCUGUUGACCAUGCUGUGAAUACUUUAGACUGCUGGGUAAAAGAUUGGAGUACAGGAAUACCUUAUGUUUAUUUUAGACUAAUAAUAGCUUGUAUUGUUCCUGCUGUAUACUUUGCUUUAUCAAUGCUUCUCUACUUUUUUUAUAUGUUUUUAAAGAAACAAAAACCUAAAAAAUAUAUUCUCACUUCAUCAAUAAUAUUUCUCUUUUUAUAUCUUUAACCAGACAUGAUUGAGAGAACAGUAAGUGUAAUAGCUUGCAGAUAAAUAGGUAAUAAAGACUAUUUGUUAGGAGAUUUACUUUAUCUCUGCCAUACAUAAGAUUAUAAGAAAUACUCAUAUACUAUAGGGCUUUCUCUCUUUUUCUUAUUUUUAAUUAUCGUGCCGGCAUUUCUAUUCCUGUCUUUAAGAAGAAAUAAAACAAGGCUUAAAUCAGAGAAUUUUUUAUUGCAAAUGGGAUAUUUAUAUAGCGAAUAUAAAGAAUCCAAAUACUAUUGGGAAUUUGCUAAAAUGUAUAAAAAAAUAUUGACAAUCAUGGUGAUAAAUUUUUACUAUAAGGAUAUUACUGUAAAAGGAUUUAUUGUAAUAUUUAUAAUCAUUAUUUAUCAGUAGAUUUCUGAUAAAGUCAAGCCUUUUAAUGUUUUAGAUAAUAAUUAUUUAGAUUAGUUGUCUUGCAAAAUAGCUGUACUCACUAUUUUAAUUGGGCUAUUUAUAAAUAACAAUCCUGAUCCAUAUCAGGUUGUUAUCAGCUUGAUAGUAAUGGCCAUAUUUAAUUUGCUAUUUUUUUAUUGGAUAGGACAAAGAAUAGUUUAUGAAUAUAAAGUACUUAUUUAAAAGUAUUACUUUUAAGUAAAAUAAAUAUUCAAAAGAUGUAAAAGAAGAUUUUUUUCUAAGUCUAUUACAAAUUAACAAUAAUAGAGCUCUUAAAACAAUCCUUAUGAUGCUGAUUUAGAAAAUUAAGAAGAUAACCCAAAUAACAUUAGCAAAUACAAUUUAAAUGUGAUUGCUGGAUUAGAUGAAGCAAUUAAGGCUAAUCCUAAUAUAAGAUAUAACAUCACAGUCAGCAGGCAUUUUCCUCAAUCACUUUAACUUAGAAAAUUUAACUCAAAUAUGAGUUAGUAUUAUCAUAAAACAGAAACUUUACGAGAAUAAGUGGCAAUUGAUUUAAAAAAAUCAAAAAGUAGCUAAAGCUCUAGAACAUAACAUAAUGAAGAUUAAUAAAAUUGGUAGGACCAGAGUUAAGAAUUUUAAUUUUUUUAGAAAAUCACAAACAACAACAAUAAUUUUUAGGUAUUGUAACCUCUAAGUUUUAUAAGAAAGUAAACUAGUGUCUUUUAAAAUCAUUAGGAAGACCCUAUAAAUGAAGAAUAGUCAUAAUUGGAGCAUGAUCAUAUUUAAAUCUAACAGAAUGAUAUGUCAAAUUAUUAGUAAGAUUCAGUAAUUCAUCAAACUGAAAAAACUAAGAAAAAUGAUAGCUCAUUAUCAUAAUUAAAUCUAACAGAUAUAUAAAUAAGAGAUGAUAAUGAUUAAAACACUUAAAGUGAUGAAAUAAAAAUUAAUUUUUAAUCAAAAUACUUAACUAAAUCACCUAAAGUUAAAAAUAAUGACUAAUAUGUAGGCAAAUAGCAGAAGGAAUCUUUUUUAGAUAGUUCUACAAUUUAAAAUUUAGAUUUUACAGUUAAAUUUGGAGGUGCAGAUACCUCAAAUUUUACAUCCCCAAAAUUAAGUUUAGGAUCAUAAAAGAAUUAGACCAAAGAAUAGUUCAUCUUUCCUAUUUAGUUGAUCCAUAAAGAUAGUGGAGAAGUAAAAACUUUAAAAUCAGCAAACUCCUGCAAUGAUUUAGAAAAUGAAAAAGCUUAAGUCCCAUACUAAAUUAAUGAGAGCAUAUUUACAAAAAGAUAAAAUAGUAUAUUUCAAAGAGAGAAGAAAAAUACUGAUAACAAAAUACUUUAAAAUGAAAUUUGA